UUUCAACCUGUCAAUGUCAGGACGACAGUCAUACCGUAAGGCUGUAUAAAGUUGGCAAAUAUUUUAUUAAUCGCAGGCCUGAUCCACCAAAUUCCACCAUCCUAUUAACACGAUCAUGGAUUUGGAUUUGGAAUAUUCCAUAACGCCCCCUUUGUCUCCAUGCGAUGUUGCCAGUGGUGAAGACUCGCCGCCAUCAUUGGGACAGUCGCUGAAACAAGAUUCUGUUCAAUGUCUAGCCUGCGUUGAAUGUUUCAACAUUCGAGAGCACCAUACAUCACUGACCUCAACACUGAAAAGAAUUCUUCUUGGGAAGGACCCAAAUCCAGAGUGUUUCCAAGACAACACUUGUGAGCUCUUUGGCCACACCUAUGUCACUGGAGUGGCUCUUCUGGACGCUACGUCACAUCUCUUCUGUUUAUCGAGGCAGUGUGUAACCAAGAUACAAUCACUUCUUGGCCAAGGGAGCAGCUGGGGACUCAUAGAUCCUCUUGUGAGCGAAGCUAAGAGACUCCAUGGCCAUGUGAUGACAUUCAUGAAAUACGUGCAGGCAUUCAUUUACAGAUACUUCAACCUGCCCGAUGCUACCCUGCCCCCCUCGGUCUACACCCAGAGGCUGGCCGUCUUUCCCUCCUUGCUGGUCACUGAGCUGCAGACCCUGUCCAUGUUCAAUGGCAGGAUCAGUGAGUUGCCUGUGGGGGUCUUGCAACAGUGUGCUGCGUCAUCAACUAGACAGGAUUCCACGGGAAGCCUUUUGUUACACAUGAAUCUCAGCACUCAGUGGAGCAUUGUACAAGUGUUGCAUCUGCUGCAGGCUAAAUUGAAAGGAGAGCAAGAUGUCCUCUCAUCAUUUAAUGAGAAAGCUGUAGAAUUUUUUCAAGACCUGUUGAAUAUAGCAACACUCAAGUAUAACAAGAUCGGGUACAGCGAUCAUCAUCAACAUGGCUCAUUCCCAGAUGGCUGCCUGCAGGAUCUCUGGUCGUCUCUGAUACACCUGCUGGACUCUAGACACAACCAGUAUUCCACUGAUUCUUUCUGGUGUAGCUUUCAUUCCUGCUUGCUACCCCUUCUGGACGAACCCUACAAUCCAUCCCGAGAAGCAACCAUCUCCAGUGACCCGCCACCGUACCCCAAGCCCAGGGAUCCUGUUGGUCUGUGUUGGUGGUUGCUGCAGUAUGUUGCACCACUGUGUCAAUACGACCCAAAUGGCCAGCUUGUAAUGAGCAAACAGGGAAGGCCCGUUAGAAGCUACUGGCUUCUUGUUGAGGAUUUGCUGAAAAUAAUGUUUACUUCAAAUGAAGCAGUGCCUGACGAAGCUCGCAUGCAGACUUAUCUCAGAUCCUGCCUAGUUCUGUGCCACCUCUGGGAACCUAAGGGGUCAGUUCUGACCCUACUGUGGGGACACUUUCAUAAACGACUGAAUAAGAAGUUGAUUGUCCCUGGCGAAGGUGUGAAAAAUCUUGCUUCCAUCUGCCAAACUCCACAUUCCUGGUAUGACCAUUGUAAAGAGAGGAUAGCUGAUCACACUGCAAGUCGUCACCAUGAGAACAGCUUUGACCUGUUUUUGCACAUCCUGGCGACGCAGCUCAAGGGCAUGAAGGAGUUGGGCGGGUCUCAGGGAUGGAAGCAGCUGCAGGGGAGGUUCUACUCAAAGUUCCACAGCCGUAGCAUGAAGGAACUGGAUGAGACUGGCCUGAGCCGCUUCCUAAGCCUGUUCUUGACCUUUGCCCUUGUGACCGACCUCUCUGAUGUGACCAGCCGCAUGUUGGACUUUCUGGAUUUACUUCCUACUGACACUCUUACCCAUGGAAAGCUCCUACUUAUCUGGAGAGGUUUGUUCACAUUUUGUUUGGUUCAUGAGGAUCAGUCAUGUGACCUAGCUGUUGUUGCUGACAGACUUGUGCAGGGCUUCAACACAGUCUCUGUGGAAAUGUGCAGCAAGUCGGUUGACAGUGGAAGGAAGAGUCAGCUGUGGGCAUUGGUCCUGAGCUACAUGGAAGCCACACAAGAGGUGUUUGAUGCCAGCAACAAGCUGCAUCUCUCGGAAGAGAAACUCAUCGGAUCUGGUCUGAGCAACCUUCUGGAAGUCUCCUCAGAACAUGAGAUGAGGGCGUUGUUGACCUUUCUACAGACAAUUAUGGCCAGGCAUAGGAGUUUGUAUCAGCAAGUGUUGAUGCAGAGACCGUACUUAGCAGUCACAUCUGUGGCAUCGCCAGCACCGGAAAUGCUCAUGCACAAGUAUAAAGCUCUUGCCAAGAUUCUAUGGGAUCUGGUUUACCCUUUCAUUAAGAGACAUGCCUCCACCCAGACGCCGCCCUCGGAGCUAGCUGACGUUGCCACGAGCUUUACCCUGCUUGCUGCAGACCUCAAGUUGCAUGACGAGGCCUCAGGGUUAAGUCAGCCAACCUCCCAGGAGUUGUUCCAUUUUUAUGGCCUAGAUGACCACAAAGUUCAUUACAGUAUUACAGUGCGUUAUCUGUGCCACCUCCUGCCAAAUCACUCUUUCACCGAGCAACUCCAAGCAGCUAUGGGCCACACCCGGUGGGCAUCAUCUCUCAUCCACACCUGGCUACGAUGCGGACUGCAAAGCCCUCAGGCUGGUACGUCGAUGCAAGAGCUGACAAGACUGGUCUUUAAGCUAGAGGAGGCAUCUACCAUCAUGGAUAGUCAGUCAUCUAACAGCUUGAUUGAUGGGACUGGUAACCCGCACAAGCAUGUCAUGCUGCAAUUCAUACAAGCCCUGGGACACCAGUUUAACUCAGCACGGGGACUCCAGGAACGUGUGCAAAAGAGGCAAACCAUCCUGUCCUACUUUGGCGACCUGGUUGAGCUGAUUCAACCCAUGCUACGAAACCUGAGGUCAGCUAGUGACCUUUCCUGGAUCUACAAGGUCGUAGGUCACAUCAUCAAGUGCUGUUCCAGCAUUCUUUAUGUCAAGGGCAAGUCUCAAGCCCAACUACCAGGCAUUCUGACUGAGCUGAUCCUACCACCAGCCCUCUUCAACCCCAAGAAGGGUCUUCCAUCUCACAUGCUGUCUGCCAUCCGGGAAACCUUGCAUCUGUUUCUGGAAGGUCUCGCCAGUCUUGACCUACAACGCAAUGAAUUCAUUCAGCGCAAAAUCCAAGAAAUUGUUCAGCAGUACUUCCAUCGCUUCCAAGUUAAGAAUUCCUCUCUUGCAGCAGGGUCUUUGGGAAGUUCAUCAGCCAACCAUCCUUUAAUGGUUGCAUUGCAUAAAUCUUGUGCCCGACUGCCCAACCCACAGAUCAGUGCCCUUCGAGAGCUAGUCCUGAAGGUGAUUUGUCAGCAGUACUUGAUCUACCACGGCCAGCAGCCACCCAGCCACUUACCCUACACAUUGGCUUUCCUUCAAGAGCUGUUGCAUAGAACUAGCAGUCCUCAGCAAAUUGUAAGAGAUACUGUUGUGCUGCUUGGAGUGGUGCUGGAUUAUCUCCUUCUGUGCGAUGUGAACACAGUGAAGAAAUCCAUGAUGGUGCUGCUGACCGCCAUGAUGGAUGCAUGCAGAAGAGACAUGCCACCAAACCUGCAGGCUGACUUGCUGAGUGUCCUCCGAGGCUACCUCUCUAAGCAUCUGAGGGUGCAUCAGGCCGCAGUCCUCCUGACCCUUGAGACGGUGGCCGUACAGCACCCUGCGCUGGUGACAGCCCUGAUUGGCGACUGUUCCAGGCUGGUGUCGGAGUGUGAGCACAAGAGAGGGGUAGGCGCAGACAGCACACUGAGGCAAGCCUACUGCAGUGUCCUGAGUCACCUCGGUGAGGCUGGAGAAGCAGUCAUAUCAAAGAUCAAAGGAGGGGAGGAACUUGUGCAAAGAUGAGAUCCACCAUCCCACGAAGUAACUGGCAAAUUUGUGAGUGUUCAGACAAAGUUUAGAGCUAUCUGAGUUGUUUUUCUGGUAUUGUUGGCAAUGAUUUACAUUUGGUGAAAACGUUUGGACAAAUGAACUUUUUGGGGGACCACUUUUUUACAGGACAUUUGACUGCCAGUUGUCAUCUUUAGAUAUUUUAUUCAAUGGAGCAAAUGGCAAUCUUGAUCAGGUUUGUCGAGAACAGAGAUACAUUAAUUAUUUUAUAUCAUUAUUAAUCACUUGCGCCGCCGGGGUUUCCAGUACCGGACAUGUAUGCUUUAUACGCAUGGCCGUGGUCUCCAAAAUUGGACAAGGGAGCUGGGCCUUGUAACAAAAGACCGUACUCAGAACAAAAGACCA